GGGAUCUAGGCUGCCACAACGGCGAGCCUCGAUUUGGAGCCACAGUAACCAACGUUACAACUACGCUUAACUGCAAGAAGGAUACAGAAUCGAGCAGUAGAGAACAAGCUUGGGACUCUGUUACUAAGGUGCAAGAACUGAAGAGAUGGUUUGAUUAGCUACUAAGCUAAGACAAAACAGGAUGGUGGUCCUUACAGAAAGCUACAAGACCCAACAAGAUGGUGGUCCUUACAGAAGGCUACAUGACCCAACAAGAUGUCGGCCUUUAUGGUAAGCUACAUGAGCUUUCAAGAGGAUGGUCUUUAUUACUAUAAGCGACACGACCCGGAGAGACGAUGGUACACGUUGUUUAUCAAUAUCAGCAACCUAACGAUGUUAUCAUGAGUAAGAACAGAAGCUCUUUGUCACUGGCGAAUGUGGUACACGCAUCACUCAGAGUUUGGUGUCAUCGCGAACCAUUUAGUGGCAGUUGAUUUUGACAAAGCGAAUAACAGAAAAAAAAUUAAAAUAAAACCGGACUAGUUGACUUCUUCACUGACUGUUUGACUUAUUCUCUACGUACCAAGCAUUUACAAAUCUCUGGUCCCAAUGACCUACCAAGAUUCAUGUCGGCGCCCGGCACCUCCAUGUCUUUGAGUACUCCAUGAACUGAGUUUGAUGCGCCAUGUUAAUCAACGUUUGGUCUGACAGAACACAAGCGGGCGAUACUAGCGGGCGAUAUCAGUGGGCGAUACAAGUGAAAUAUGGCUGAGAACAAUUCCACACUAAUCAAGCCACCAAGGUAAGUACAUUACAUUAGCUGGUGCUAAUUCUUCACUCGUCAUAAAUAACAGAAUCAAGUAUUUAAGAUAAGAUGAGAUUAGAUUAUUUCAGUUUUACUGCUGAAAAUGAAUCAAAAUGUUGUUGGGAACGUAUCAAUUUUCAUUUCAUCAAAUACAACAAUAGAUAACAAAUGAAACAACUAACAAACAGACAGCUACAAUAAACACACGACAUCAACAACAUCAAUAAGUAAAUCAAUGAGUACAUCAAUGAGUACACAAAUGGUUACAUCAACGGGCACAUCAAGGAGUACACAAAUUGGUACAUCAAUGAGUGCAUCAAUGAGUACAUCAAUGAGUACCACAUGAGUACACCACUGAGUACAUCCAUCGGUACAUCAAUGAGUACAUCAUGAGUACACCACUGAGUACAUCAAUCGGUACAUCAAUGAGUACAUCAAUGAGUACACAAUUGGGUACAUCACGGGUACAUCAAUGAGUACAUCGAUGAGUACACCAAGGAGUACAUCAAUAAGCACACCAAAGCGUACAUCAAUGACAACAUAAAUGAUUACAUCCUUACAUCAGGGAGGUGGGGACACAAAAACAGGGACAACUCACACCAGAUAUUGUCCAUGUUAUUCAAAAUUGAGAAUAUGAUCACAAGCUGGGUAAGUGAAUUCAGCUCGGGCCGUCUGACGUCACGCCGUAUUACCACCUUUGAACAGAACCCAAGACAAGACAACAACAAAGAAGCAAAUGAAUGAUAUUUGAGCUUGUGAUAGUCUUGUCUCAUCUUACCAGUUUUUAAAUUAAGAAAAAAUCUUUUUUCACGAGGUUUCAACCAACGAUUUAGAGUUAAUACGAAUAAUUUAAAUUUUAAAGAAUGUAUUUACAUUUAAAAAAAAAAAUUUGUAAAUUGUUUGUUCCGAAAAAUUGUUCAAUUGAUUUAAAUUAUUAAUGAUGGAUCUUUCCUUAUGUAUGGAUCAAAGCAGCGGUCGCUACUUGAUUGUCUUAUGGCACACGAACCAUUGGAUAGUAUUUUGGGAACCCUUGGUUUAACUGGGUAAUCUGAUGGAGCCAGGGAUUUCAAUUUAUGUCAAUACUAUUGUGUAAAUCCUGGAAUUAAUAAAAAAACUCUCCUACCCUGAAUUUCUUUUUUUCUUUUUACUUAAAGUUUAUGUAUCUCUAAGAUAUUUUGGCCCGUUAAGAGUCUAGCCUUAUUUUUCACAGUAACAAGAUAUAUUAUAUAUUCUUUCACUUGCUAUAAUUUUUGUAUAUUGAUUUUUAUAAAUUCUACUUCAGGCAACAACAAUGGCGAUCACUUAAGUUUUUAACUGUGCCUUAGUUUCUGUUUGUAUUCUUAUUUGCCGUGUUUGCUGAGAAAGGCUCAGACGUUCGCAUCUUACUGUCCUGUCUCUUGAUUCAAGCUCCUACAUACUUAAAUCAUUCAAACAGCUUGAAUGCAGUUCUUCCUUUACUAUCCAGAGAGGAUACAGACACCAGUCUUGGUGUAUGCCACCAGAACCAAUAUUUAUAAGAAUAUGUGCCUAAUAAUAAGAAUAUGUGCCUAUUGUAAGAAUUUGUGCCUAUCUAUCGGCAUCCUUCCGUCUCGUGAGACGAUGGUGCAUCACCAAUUGGUUGGGUUGCAUUUUCUCGAGUGGCUGUGCAGUCCUAUCCUUGAGUGACAGUCUUUACCACAGUUUUUACACACGAGUUCCGUGCUUCCAAAUGUUUUGGCCUUUCUCCUAGCUCUUCUGUCUGCAGCCUCUUCCAUUCUUCGCUCCUCGGCUACCAUGACGCCCUUUUUGACAACUGUGCGCCACGUAGAUCGGUCUUUUGCCUUACACUCCCAGUCACUUGUAUGUAUUUUGGCUGCUUUCAUGUCCCUUUGACAGACAUCUUUAAAUCGCAGACGUGGGCGACCUGUUUUCCUCUUUCCCGAAGCAAGUUCACCAUAUAGGAGGUCUUUCGGAAUGCGGCCGGGACUCAUUCUUUUAACAUGACCUAGCCAUCUCAGGCGUCUUUCACUAAGGAUUGUGAACAUGCUUAAUUCUUUUAACAUGACCUAGCCAUCUCAGGCGUCUUUCACUAAGGAUUGUGAACAUGCUUUGGGUAUUCGCACGCAUUAGGACCUCACUAUUAGUCACUUUUUCUUGCCAUUUAAUACCAAGGAUGCGACGCAGGCAUCUCAUAUGGGAGCUAUUAAGCUUGCGCUCUUGGGAUGUAUAGGUGGUCCAUGUCUCGCUCCCGUAUAGUAGUGUACUGAUGACACAAGCUCGAUAGACGCACAGUUUGGUAAGAAUUUGUGCAUAUUGUAAGAAUAUCUGCCUAUUGGAAACUCUGAAAUCAAACCCGGAGAUGGAGUCCCGAAAGGCGGAUAACAUUGAUACAAUGAAACAUUCCGACAACUCCUCCGACGUCACUAGUGCCAAGCUGUAUCAUCCAAUGAUGUUGGACAGCGGCGUGGAGAGAGGCGAUUUGCUGUUGAGAACCAGCUUAUAAUCCUUGAAGAAUAUUCCCAGGCCACGUGGAUUUCGUCCUCCGAAUCCCACUCCAUCGUCACAUUUGUGAGGGACGGAUGCCAGCUAAACUACACGAAUAUCUGACUACUGUUACAAUCUGUGCCUGCUGUACGAAUAUCUGACUACUGUUAUAAUCUGUGCCUGCUGUACUAAUGUCUGACUAUUGUUAUAAUCUGUGCCUGCUGUACGAAUGUCUGACUACUGUAAUAAUCUGUGCCUGCUGUACGAAUAUCUGACUACUGUUAUAAUCUGUGCCUGCUGUACUAAUGUCUGACUAUUGUUAUAAUCUGUGCCUGCUGUACGAAUGUCUGACUACUGUAAUAAUCUGUGCCUGCUGUACGAAUAUCUGACUACUGUUAUAAUCUGUGCCUGCUGUACUAAUGUCUGACUAUUGUUAUAAUCUGUGCCUGCUGUACGAAUGUCUGACUACUGUAAUAAUCUGUGCCUGCUGUACGAAUAUCUGACUACUGUUAUAAUCUGUGCCUGCUGUACUAAUGUCUGACUAUUGUUAUAAUCUGUGCCUGCUGUACGAAUGUCUGACUACUGUAAUAAUCUGUGCCUGCUGUACGAAUAUCUGACUACUGUNGGGGGGGGGGGGGGGGGGGGGGUUAGGCAAUAAGUAAAUAUAAAAGCAUUCAGGGGCGUAUUUGAUUUCAGGAGGGACGGGAGAUGAAAAAGUUCUGGUCUUUUUUUUUUCUAAGGACAUGUGUCAUGAGAUGAAAUUGAUUUUUUUUAAAGUGGUUACGCGCGCGCACAGACACACACACAAAGAUAAGCAAACACACACACACACACAUAUAUGUGUAUAUAUGUAUAUAUAUAUGUAUAUAUAUUUACAUGUAUGUAUAUAUGUUUAUACUAUGCGUCAAAACAAACAGUACUGAAGCCUUGUCGAUUCCACUUUCAAGAAGUCUGAGUUUUGUAUUUCAAAAUACUCAUUAUCCACCCGGGCGCUGAAAUGACCAGAGUCAUUGCGCCAAUAGUGUGACGCAGUGUCACCGGUGCGAUCACGUGACGGAGUGACGUCUUAUAAGUGUAGCUUACCGGCGCACGAGGGGGGGGGGGGGGGGGGUCAGAAGUGUGGUGGAGUAAUUGCGUGUUAAUGUUUUACUCUUCACAAUGACAUAAUGAUUAGCCGCCAAGCAGGAUUCACAGGUCAGGUCAUGAAGCAACGCUUUUUUUGUUUGUUUGUUUAGGCUCAUACCAAAAUACCAACUCUCCCAAAUGAAAAGCAAAAGAAAUCAGAACAACGACCAUUGGUUGGCUCCCGGGUUAUGUUGUAAUAAAGAUGGAUUGGACACAAUUCACGUUUUACGAAAAGAGAAAUACAAUUUUGAUUUUUUUUUUGUUUCUUUUUGUUUGUUUAUCUAAGGAGCAAUAUGGCAGAAACUGACCCAAUUAUUGAGUUGUAUCACAACAUAUAGAAAAAACCAACAUAAUUAUUUUGUUCAAUCACAACUAGGGUCCUUUUCCCAGGAUCUCGAAAUCCCGUAUAAUAUUUUGUAAACAAAAGCCUUACCCGGAAAUCCCGGGUCCACACUUUGUUUUGUUUAUCUUAAAAAUUAAAUUUCAUUUAAAGAAGUUCACAAAUUGUCACUACAAGCCAGGACCUGGUCACUAUAAGCCAGGACCUGUAUGAUACAGUCAACUGCGCCGAAAGGCCCACAUUUUUCAGCUUAGUGUGACAACUUGUUUUCUUUAGAUGUAAAUAAUGGCUCUACCAUGCUCCGCCACAACACCCCCCCCCCCCACCUUUUGUGAAAAAACGACUAGACAUAAAACCUUUAAAAUAUCAAACAUCCGUCAAGCUUUGACAAAAAAAACUUAAGAAAGAAAUAAUGUACCUUAAUUUGUGAGUAUGUGUACAAGUUGAUAAUUUUGUCCAUUUCCAAUUGGCCAGUUACUUACGCAAGCGAGACGAGAAGAGAGUCAAGUCUGGACUAAUAGAGAGACGGAGAAUUACAACACUGAUGGUGGCCAGGUACCAGUCACAGUUAGGUUAGACUUUGUUUUUAUAUGCCAGAUUGGGAAUCAUAUUUUAAUUAGAAACAUCCACAAAUUAAUCUGUUUAUAUAUCUAAUAUUAAGAAGCUAUAAAUUGGGGUGAGGAUUAAGUAUUAAAGGUAGAUUUUUUAUUUUUGAGAUUUAGAUAAUAGAAAUCUUUCUUUCUUUCACUUUCUCAGAUAUGUUUGUGUUUCGAUUCUUUAUUCAGAAAUCCAUAUUUUUACGAACCUAAACUAACUUCCGGGCCAUGAUUAUCGGAUGUAUAUGUUUAUUGAACGUGUAUCAUAUUCAAACGAGACCCAGUCAAACAUAGACACGGUAUAUUUAUGGAAUUCAUGGUUUUGGACAACACGUUCUUUUAGUUCUAUUAAUUCUGGGCAUGAGACAAACAAACCUGUGUCAAACAAACAAACCUGUGUCAAACAAACCUUCGACAAACAAACCUCUGUCAAAUAAACCUGCGUCAAACAAAAUUGUGUCAAACAAACCUGUAUCAAACAACAUUCGCCAAACAAACCUGUGUUAAAAAACUUGUGUGAAACACACCUGUGUCAAACAAACCUGUUUCAAACAAACCUGUUUCAAACAAACCUGUGUCAAACAAACCUAUGUCAAACAAACCUGUGUCAAACAAACCUGUGUCAAACAAACCUGUGUCAAAAAAAACCUGUGUCAAACAAUCCUAUGUCAAACAAACCUGUGUCAAAUAAACCUGUGUCAAACAAACCUGUGUCAAACAAACAUGUUUCAAACAAACCUGUAACAAACAAACCUUUAACAAAUAAACCUUCGCCAAAAUAAACCUGUGUCAAACAAACAUGUUUCAAACAAAUCUGUAACAAACAAACCUUUAACAAAUAAACCUUCGCCAAAAUAAACCUGUGUCAAACAAACCUUGUAAAAAUAAACUUUGUCAUACAAACCUUCGCAAAACAAACCUGUGUAAAAAAAACCUGUGUCAAACAAACCUGUGUCAAACAAACCAGCAAAAAAGUAAUCCUUCGAAAAAUAAACUUGUAUCAAAUAAACUUGUGUCAAACAAACCUGUUUCAAACAAACCUGUGUAAAACAAACCUGUGCCAAGUUAACCUGCAACAAACAAACCUGUGUCAAAGAAACAUGUGUCAAACAAACCUGCGACAAACAAAUCUGUGACAAACAAACCUGUGACAAAUAAACCUGCGCCAAGUUUCUGAUAGACAAUCGAUGCAAGUUGUUUUCAAUUAUGUACAUACUCCAGGUCAACCUUUAAAGAAAAUAUUUAGAGGCAAUACUCAAAUGAACCUGUGAGGUAAUACUCAAAUGAACCCUUAGAGGCAAUACUCAAAUUAACUUUUAGGGGCAAUACUCAAAUGAACCUUUAGGGGCAAUACUCAAAUGAACCAGUAGAGGCAAUACUCAAAUGAACCUUUAGAGGCAAUACUCAAAUGAACCUUUAGAGGCAGUACUCAAAUAUACCUUGUGAGGCAAUACUCAAAUGAACCUUUAGAGGCAAUACUCAAAUGAAACUUUAGAUGCAAUACUCGAAUGAACAAUUUAGAGGCAGUACUCAAAUGAACCUUGUGAGGCAAUACUCAAAUGAACCUUGUGAGGCAAUACUCAAAUGAACCUUUAGAGACAAUACUCAAAUGAACCUUUAGGGGCAAUAUUCAAAUGAACCUUUAGAGGCAAUACUCAAAUGAACCUUUAGAGGCAUUACUCAAAUGAACCUUUAGGGGCAAUACUUAAAUGAACCAGUAGAGGCAAUACUCAAAUGAACCAGUAGAGGCAAUACUCAAAAGAACCUUUAGAGGCAAUACUCAAAUAAACCUUUAGAGGCAGUACUCAAAUGAAUCUUGUGAGACAAUAAUAAAAUAAACCUUUAGAGGCAAUACUCAAAUGAACCUUUAGGGGCAAUACUCAAAUGAACCUUUAGAGGCAAUACUCAAAUGAACCUUUAGAGGCAAUACUCAAAUGAACCUUUAGAGGCAGUACUCAAAUGAACCUUUAGAGUCAGUACUCAAAUGAACCUUUAGAGGCAAUACUCAAAUGAAACGUGCUGGUCCUCCUCCCAGAGGUUGAUUUUAACCAAGGCGAAGAAAAGACUUGAACUGAUGUUUGAAUGAAUGAAACAGAAUCAAGAAAUAUCUACACAUCAUUGUGUAUCACACAUAGAACAUGCCCUGUAAUAUAAUGUACACAUUGUGUAUCAACACACAGUGCAUGUCCUGUAAUAGCAUCUACACAUUUUAUAUCAACACACAGAACAUGCCUUGUAAUAGCAUCUACACAUUGUGUAUAAACACAUAGAUCAUGCCUUGUAAUAGUAUCUACACAUUGUGUAUCAACACACAGAACUUGCCUUGUAAUAGUAUCUACACAUUGUGUAUCAGCACGCAGAACAUGUCUUGUAAUCGCAUCUGAACAUUGUGUAUCAACACACAGAACAUGUCUUGUAAUAGCAUCUGAACAUUGUGCAUCAACACACAGAACAUGUCUUGUAAUAGCAUCUGAACAUUGUGUAUCAACACACAGAACAUGUCUUGUAAUAGCAUCUGAACAUUGUGUAUCAACACACAGAACAUGUCUUGUAAUAGCAUUGCCCAAUUUAAGGGUUGAUAAACUUGCUGCUGUUUCAGCGACAUUCUCUUACUCAGCAUGCGGCUGGUGUGCAGGUGCCACAGAUGUCUUUUAAGAUCGUUGAUAAGCUGAUCUUGGGAUGUGCCAUGGCUCUGGUUAUCAUGAUAAGCUGAUCAUGGGAUGUGCAAUGGCUCUGGUUAUCUUGAUAAGCUGAUAAUGGGAUGUGCAAUGGCUCUUGUUAACUUGAUAAGCUGAUCAUGGGAUGUGCCAUGGCUCUGGUUAUCAUGAUAAGCUGAUCAUGGGAUGUGAAAUGGCUCUGGUUAACUUGAUAAGCUGAUAAUGGGAUGUGCAAUGGCUCUGGUUAUCUUGAUAAGCUGAUAAUGGGAUGUGCAAUGAGUCUGGUUAACUUGAUAAGCUGAUAAUGGGAUGUGCCAUGGCUCUGGUUAUCUUGAUAAGCUGAUAAUGGGAUGUGCAAUGGCUCUUGUUAUCAUGAUAAGCUGAUAAUGGGAUAUGCAAUGGCUCUGGUUUUCAUGAUAAGCUGAUCAUGGGAUGUGCAAUGGCUCGGGUUAUCAUUAUAAGCUGAUAAUGGAAUGUGCAAUGGCUCUGGUUAUCAUGAUAAGCUGAUCAUAGGAUGUGCAAUGGCUCUGGUUAACUUGAUAAGCUGAUAAUGGGAUGUGCAAUGGCUCUGGUUAUCUUGAUAAGCUGAUCAUGGAAUGUGCAAUGGCUCUGGUUAACUUGAUAAGCUGAUAAUGGGAUGUGCAAAUGCUCUGGUUAUCAUGAUAAGCUGAUCAUGGGAUGUGCAUUGGCUCUGGUUAUCUUGAUAAGCUGAUAAUGGGAUGUGCAAUGGCUCUGAUCAUCUUGAUAAGCUGAUAAUGGGAUGUGCCAUGACUCUGGUUAUCUUGAUAAGCUGAUAAUGGGAUGUGCAAUAGCUCUGGUUAACUUGAUAAGCUGAUAAUGAGAUGUGCAAUGGCACUUGUUAUCUUGAUAAGCUGAUCAUGGGAUGUGCAAUGUCUCUGGUUAUCAUGACAAGCUGAUAAUGGGAUGUGCCAUGGCUCUGGUUAUCAUGAUAAGCUGAUCAUGGGAUGUGCCAUGGCUCUGGUUAUCAUGAUAAGCUGAUAAUGGGAUGUGUAAUGGCUCUGGUUUUCAUCUUGUACAGUCUUUCUCCAAACUGAAAGAUCCGCUGACCCGUGCCAGACAUUGCCUUUAAUGAAGUAAUUCGACAAGCACUUCACGUAGCAUUACACAAACCACAUGUAAAUUAGAUUGCAACGCUUGUCAAAAUAAACCAGACAUGAAUAACAUUGAUAGUUUUUGCAAGUAAAAGUUAUAAAGAUAUAGAUCUAAACAAAUUGAAACAUAAAAAUACAAAUUAGUUUAAAAAAACGACAUUUUCCCAGGAUAUUUCAUUCUAAAGACGUGUAUGGGUUGUUAUACGAAACGCCUGAUCCAAAAAAAUAUUAAUACAAAUAAAUAAUUUUUAAAAAUACAUGGUAUAUAUUCAAUUUCAGCACAUAAAUAAUUAAAUAUUUGAACUAAAACAGCAUUUCACAAAUAGAACAAUUUAAACACAAGACAUCUAAAGUAUUUCUCUACCACAGAAAUCAGCCAUCAUAUGCCAUGCAAUGUUACUACAUUAGUGACAAUAAUGAGUUAAUUUGUGAUCAUUAAGAUUUGGGAGCCGCUGGGGGUGCACGAGAGUAUUAAAUACUGAUUGACGGUGGGGAAAAAAAAGAACUUUGAUAUCUUUCACUAUGACGUUUUAAGGGAAAGAAUUCGCUCUGAUCGGGGUGAUCUAGGUAUAUGGGAUGGGUAUGUUAGGGGAUAUACAUGCCUAAUUGUUCGAAUACCUAUUUGAUGAAAAAUUAUGUUGUUUAACCAAAAACAAUUUUUCAUCAAGUAGAUAUUCAAAUAGUUUUUCAAAUAAUUCUUCAAAUAGUUCAUCAAAUAGUUCAUCAAAUAGUUCAUCAUAUAGUUCAUCAAAUAGUUCUUCAAAUAGUUCAUCAAAUAGUUCUUCAAAUAGUUCAUCAAAUAGUUCAUCAAACAGUUUAUAAAAUAGUUCAUCACAUGGUUCAUCAUAUAGUUCAUCACAUAGUUCAUCAUAUAGUUCAUCAAAUAGUUCAUCAAAUAGUUCAUCAAAUAGUUCAUCAAAUAGUUCAUCAAAUAGUUCAUCAAAUAGUUCAUCAAAUAGUUCAUCAAAUAGUUCAUCAAAUAGUUCAUCGAGUAGAGGAUGUUUCAUUCCAUGUUUAGCUUUCUUUCAUUUUUGAGACAUUCAAUUGAAGCAAAUGUUCAUCGCACCAAGUGAUGACGCUUAUGUUUAAUUCGCGGCACAACCCCCCCCCCUUUUUUUUUUUUUCAAAUAUGAAGCCAACGAUAUUAUAGCUUAGGGUUACGUUCACCACACAGUUGUCACUCAUCACAGUUAGUUCUAAGUGGAGCAGCGCUCAAUGUUUUAUUUAAAUAUUUGGCUUCAUCGGGCCCUAGUUAACUCUGGACAAACUCAGUCAUCAUGUGUAAAAUGACUUACUGUUUGCGUAGCUUUCAAUAUGUGUAAAAUACAUUAGGUGGGGUAGCAGAAGUUGGGGUGGUCGUGGGGUGGUCGUGGGGCAAGCCUUUAUGAUAAAAUAGGUAGGAUUAAUAUAACGCCUUUUAAAACCUAUUUAGAUUUUUUAAAUUUAUUUCCAAGUGAAUCGUAAAGAUAUUUUGUUUGUAUGCUUUGAAAGUUAAAAUAGAAAGUUAUUGUUGUUGUUUUUUUUCCAUUCUAUUUUUACAGGCAUCGGUCGCAGUGAAGCUGCGGUAGAACUUGUCAAUCAGAACAGAUAUUACAGUUCAGAGGCUGGAUUUGACGUGAACAAGACAGACAACCCACAUAAACUUCUACUGGGAGCCAUCGAUUCUAAGUCGUUUCCCUUGCCCAUUGGCGCCCCAGCGGCGUCUGCGGCGAGGACAGAACCGGCGCUGAAAUCCCUCUCAAACUCUCACAGCUGGCCGCUGGUCUCAACUCGAAGGUCAAUCGCCAGCAACGCCCACGUCAACUGCCUCCACGGCCGUAACCCACACCACGCGACGAAGGUCGACAUUACAACCAGCCGCCAACACAACAUCGCCGCCAAGGAUGCUCAACCAGAGAAAGACCAAUCGCCCGUUUGGCAAGAUUCAUUGCGGUCCGGCUCGCCCAUCCCCCGACCCCCCAAAAGUGGUCACUUUGGCGCCAACACGACCAGCCACUACCAGCACCGGCAUUACCCGACCUACCUGGCCAAACAACCCCCGUACUCCCACCCCAACGUCUUCUACACGAGCCUCAACUCCCAGUUCACAUCCCCGUCACCGCUGUUCUUCAAGCUGAAGCAGAAGAAGAGACGCUACGACGGCAUGCCCGUGGACGACAUGAACGACUGCUACAAGGUCCCUGAUCACCACGUCAUCCACGACCGAGGCGAGGUCAGCAGUCCGUUCUACGAUGAUAACGACGACUUUUCCCAACCAUACAUCAUGGCGGACCCCAACGACGACGGGUUCGGUUACGGGAGCCGGGGCCACAAUCACUACUGCCAUACGAUUCUGGACGCCUCGGGGUUCGCCGUGUCCGAGGACGAGGCCUACCCGUUUAACGACGAGAGCAGGUAUGACGGUUUGAGCAAUGGCUAUGUGACUAAGAACCUUGAUCAGAACCAUCAAUGCCUAGAUGGUGAGACCUACCAGUCUUUCCUUGACCAGCGCGCUGACCAUUUGCGCAACAAAGUCCCUUUAAAAGACAAUCCAGGCAAACGUAGUUUGACCCAUCGCAUGACAGGAAACACAUUUCUCAGCCCAGACUCGUGUAAGCCGGAAACGUCCAGAAUGAAACUGGAUUCGUGUGAGGGUUCCAACAGAUGUCAGCAAUCAAGUGUGUACUGCGGGGGGAGACAAGGAGAAUACGACACCGCUGGAGUUAGACCUGGCAGUUCCGUACUCCACAAGUCACCGCUAACAGUACAAACAUUCAAAGGAAGUGUGAUGAAUAUGAUCAAAUCAAAAUCGCCUUCGCCCAAACGAGGCUUAGGCUCAGUCAACAGAAUUAACGUUAUAGACACAAGCUCGAGUCCUGAAACCAAAUUACGGCAAACAGAUCUUGUGUACACAAACGGUGCACCCUUCCAUCAAUCACUUCCGGGUAGCCAAUUCCAGACGGACUGCUGCGUGAAAUGCUCGAACCCGACGAGCUCAAUGACACCGUGCGAAGUGGUGCAAGACCUCGUGCUCAUAGACAAGCACAAAAGUCAUGAACACAAAUGCCACCAACACAAAUGUCAUGAACAUAAAAGUCAUGAACACAAAUGUCAUGAACAUAAGAGUCAUGCUACGUCUAACAAUAUUGGCUCGCCCAAAAAGAACCUCGAUGGAGCCUCAACAUAUUUACCGGCGAGAAUGCCCUGCGUUUCGCCCUGUCGCGUGGCUGUGCCUGCAACAACCAGAACAUCAGCCCCAUCAGUUUCGUUUGUAAACCGGACACCGGACAAUACUGGCCGAGUUGGCCUCUCGCCGAAAUCUCUCCGAAGUGAUGCCUCGCACAGUUCACUCCUGGGUGGGGACUCGCCUAAAUCACCCCAGGGUGUUGGCUCCCCGUAUCUAAACAGGGGCGGAGAUUCGCCCAAGUCUCCUCGGGGUGCGCCAUCAGCCAACUCACCCCGAGGUGGGGAAUCACCAAUGUCGCCUCUGAGUGGAGAGUACCUGCACUCGCCACUGCAAACCCCGACACUGAGGGGUCUUGAUCCCACAUUGGUGUUUCAGCACAAUAAGCGGAAACUGGCAGUGAAAUCUGACUAGCUGGGACUAUAACUGGCAGUGAAAUCUGACUAGCUGGACUAUAACUGGCAGUAAAAUCUGACUAGCUGGGACUAUUACUGGCAGUGAAAUCUGACUAGCUGGGACUAUAACUGGCAGUGAAAUCUGACUAGCUGGGACUAUAACUGGCAGUGAAAUCUGACUAGCUGGGAUUAUAACUGGCAGUGAAAUCUGACUAGCUAGGACUAUAACUGGCAGUGAAAUCUGACUAGCUGGGACUAUAACUGACAGUGAAAUCUGACUAGCUGGGACUAUAACUGGCAGUGAAAUCUGACUAGCUGGGACUAUAACUGGCAGUGAAAUCUGGGCCCUUAAAAUAAAGAAGAAGAAGAAGAAGAAGACUAUAGGUAUAUAAAUAAGAGAACUGUUUUUUUGAAGUGGGAACAAAUGUGCACAGAAAAUAGUAAAUUUAGUAAAAAGAAUGUAGGAACAAGUAAGAUGAAAUAUGAGCGAUGGAUGAAACAUUGUAAUAUGUCAUAUAUGUCAGGAAUAUAUUCACCAUGCGCUUAUUUCUGUUUGCUUUAUGCGUAAAGCCUUUAAAUUAUUAUGACCGGGUUAUGUGCUAACAAGACGAAUACCACCAUAAAGUUAAACAGCUCAUGUCAUUGAUGUUGUGUGUCGAAGUUGUUAUGUUAUGUUUAUUUAUAGUAUCUGAGCGCGCGUGCGUUUGUCCCACUGGGAAUUUCCCUGUUGCUGCCAUGUUUGUGACGCAAUAUGUUGUGACGGCCUAGUACGCCCGAUUUCCGUUUGCCACUUUCGCUUUUACACCCGAGAGCAGAGAGUCUCUGUGACGUAGAUGAGGUUACAAACCCCACGUUGUCAGAAAACUUGGCACGUGCCGUCUCACCACGUGAAGCGUGGCUAAAAAUACUCGAGUCUCGAGAGAUAGCAGGGGAGAGAACAAGAUAAAUUUUCAGAGUAAC